CCUCCCCUCUCCGGGCUGCCGGGACAACUCGGGGCGGCCACUUCUUGCCAGGAGGCGUAAAUGUUGGAUGACAAUAACCAUCUUAUUCAGUGUAUAAUGGACUCUCAGAAUAAAGGAAAGACCUCAGAGUGUUCUCAGUAUCAGCAGAUGUUGCACACAAACUUGGUAUACCUUGCUACAAUAGCAGAUUCUAAUCAAAAUAUGCAGUCUCUUUCACCAGCACCACCCACACAGAAUAUGCCUAUGGGUCCUGGAGGGAUGAAUCAGAGCGGCCCUCCCCCACCUCCACGCUCUCACAACAUGCCUUCAGAUGGAAUGGUAGGUGGGGGUCCUCCUGCACCGCACAUGCAGAACCAGAUGAACGGCCAGAUGCCUGGGCCUAACCAUAUGCCUAUGCAGGGACCUGGACCCAGUCAACUCAAUAUGACAAACAGUUCCAUGAAUAUGCCUUCAAGUAGCCAUGGAUCCAUGGGAGGUUACAACCAUUCUGUGCCGUCAUCACAGAGCAUGCCAGUACAGAAUCAGAUGACAAUGAGUCAGGGACAACCAAUGGGAAACUAUGGUCCCAGACCAAAUAUGAACAUGCAGCCAAACCAAGGUCCAAUGAUGCAUCAGCAGCCUCCUUCUCAGCAAUACAAUAUGCCACAGGGAGGCGGACAGCAUUACCAAGGACAGCAGCCACUUAUGGGAAUGAUGGGUCAAGUUAACCAAGGCAAUCAUAUGAUGGGUCAGAGACAGAUUCCUCCCUAUAGACCUCCUCAACAGGGCCCACUACAGCAGUACUCAGGCCAGGAAGACUAUUACGGGGACCAAUACAGUCAUGGUGGACAAGGUCCUCCAGAAGGCAUGAACCAGCAAUAUUACCCUGAUGGAAAUUCACAGUAUGGCCAACAGCAAGAUGCAUACCAGGGACCACCUCCACAACAGGGAUAUCCACCCCAGCAGCAGCAGUACCCAGGGCAGCAAGGUUACCCAGGACAGCAGCAGGGCUACGGUCCUUCACAGGGUAGUCCAGGUCCUCAGUAUCCUAACUACCCACAGGGACAAGGUCAGCAGUAUGGAGGAUAUAGACCAGCACAGCCUGGACCACCACAGCCACCCCAGCAGAGGCCUUAUGGAUAUGACCAGGGAUAGUAUGGAAAUUACCAGCAGUGAAAAAGUACUUACAUUCCAGUAGCCAGUAUCUAUUAGCAGCCAUAUUGUCACCUCAGCACUGUGGACACCUCCCUGUGAAGAGAUCCUUCCAUUCCAUCUAGUUUUUGGAAAAACCUUGUGGAUAAGUGGCUGUUUCAUCAGUAAGCAGCCUUUGUGGUUUAGUUAUAAAAGGCUUUAGUAGCUCAAAAA